CGCUUUCAUGAUUUGACUGGAGCAGGAAAUGGCAUUGGACGUAGUGUUGCCAUGAAAUUCAGCUCUGAGGGAUAUACCUGCGUAUGUCUUGAUACGGAUAAACACUUUAACAGUCUAUCGAAGCCACUGCUGCUCUACUUUUUUCUGAUGCAGGUACCACGCUCUGUAACGUGCAGCGCUGUUCAAGAAGUUGGGCGUCGCUCUAGCACAGCUGAUUGCUCGGAGAUGGCUGAAUUUGGAGCUUAUUGCGCAUCGAAAUGGGAUGUGAUUGGUCUUACUAAGACAGCAGCAAAGGAGUAUGCCAAACAAAGCAUACGAGUGAACGUAGUUUGUCCUGCAACAACAACUCCAAUGGUGCAGAGAUUUACCCAAGAAUGGCCAGAGUGGCAAGCACUAACGAAUGCAUGGUAUCCUGUGGGUAGAAUUUGCAGUGCUGAGGAGGUUGCAAACGUCGCCGUUUACUGGUUAUCUUCAGACAGUUGUCUGUUUAUGAGGGGAGAGACUAUGACAAUUAGUGGUGGAUUAUGAUAGGUUGAAAAUUAUUUUUAAGUUAGAGACAAAUUUAGCUGU